CCACCUAGCAACAGGGCAAACAGAACCCAGUGGGACUCUAUCCCCGAAGUGCCUCUGCUGCCACCCGGGCCCCCCCGGGGUGGCCUUUCUCCCCCAUGCAGCACCCCAAAACUCUCUAUCCCCCAGCCAUACCCCAGGAAGGCUUCGGCCCACGGGGCCUGGAGGGCACUGAGGUGCCAGGUGGCCCAGAACCCCUUUCCACCAUAGCCAGCACCAACCUGCUCUAUCAGACUCCCGGCCCAGACCAGGAUGAACUUUCAGCGCCUCCAGCAGGCUUCCAGAUGGCUCCCUGCGGCUGCUUCUUCGACCCUCGCAUCUACCGAAUCGAGUGGGCCACCUCUGACUUUGGCCAGUCGUCCCUGUACAAGGUGGCGGUGGCUGGCGGUCCCACCUUGUCCGGUGGCUACCUGCUGGAGGCCCCACCCUACCUCAAGGCCCCGGGGCCUCCGCCUGCACUCUAUCCCCACUACCAGCCGGCUCCCGGUGGGCCACAAUACCUCACACACUACCUUCCACCCGAGGAGCCUGGGCCCGAGGCACUGGGCUUUGUGGGGGAUGGAGGGCCCCUCAACUUCAUGGAGAUGCUCAGAGAUGGCCUGGUACCCCCACCAGCCCCUAAAGAGACUAAGCCACCUCCCUUGCUCAUCCCAGUCCCCACGGCACACACGCUGCCGCCCGGGCCCUAUGGCCAUCUCAGUGGCCAUGCCAGCCAGUUCCCAGGGCCCCAGGUGGCCAUGAGGCCCAUCAAAGCCCCCAGGGAGCUGCAGGGCAAUGCUGUGGCCAGGCCGGGUCUGCAGUUCCCUCCUGGCCCUGCGGAGCCCAAGGUGGCUGAGGUGGAGGAUGUCGCUCCGAUGGGCUCAGGUGAGACUAUGCCUCCCGAGGUGGCCCGUGCUUUCUUCCUACCGGACAAGGUCCUUCUAGAAGAUGCCAUGAAACUUUUCGAUUGUCUCCCUGGGGGCGCUGAACCUGAGGCGGCCCUGCACAGAGGUCCCGGGCCUGGCCCGCGGGACAGUGGUGGCGGUGGGGACGACUGCACAGCGGACAUCCGCUCCCUGCACCUGCCCGACGACCUGCUCUCCUUCGAUUAUGGCGUCCCUGAGGUCCUGGAUGCCGUGGCCAGCGUGGAUUACGUUUUCAGCUUUAAGGCCCUGGACGAUGAGCUGCUGCCCCACGUGGGGGUCCCUGUCGCUGACACGGUGGCCCCUGGCCUGCGGUCCCAUCAGUCAGGGAAGACGACCACCACGUCUACCAAGAAAGGGAAACCCGGUGGCAGACACAGGCAGACCGCGGGCCCGGCUGGUACUGCUGCCGCAGGACCCAGGCCGGACCCUGGAGCUGCCCCCAAUUAAAGCAAUUUGAUCUCU